AUCGCUCGAAAAUAAGCUCGCCCAAAAGCUCUACCGACUGCAGUAGCCCGGCAUCCGUCGGCGCCGCGGCCAGGACGAAAAUUUCCCGCGGUUAUAUCAUAUUCCACCGUGUCGUGUGAGCCUCGCCGAUGGAAGCUCGAAUGGCAGCUCGAGGUUAACCUAGAGAUACGAGACGAUCGUGUCGACCAUCGAAAUCGUACGAUAAAACAGAAACGAGAAGGGAACGAGAGGAAAUAAAAAAGAACAGGAAGAAAAGAAAAGAAGAAAUAAAAGAACGGCGACCAUGAGGUGGCAGCCACGAUUAGUGGACUGAAAAUUAUUAGUCAGAGUUCUCUCUGGUUACCUGACCUCGCUGUGCUUCGACGGAAACAGCGGGUUCUUGGUUCGAUCGAGGCGCGGUGGUUCGCGAGAUCGCGCGACAAAUGUACACGGGGGUGGACAGUGUGACAUAGUGCCGCGAAGUAGGCGACGAAGAGCGACGGGGAGGGAGGAAAAAGCCAGUGAGCAAAGAACGCGGGAAGAGGAGGAGGUGGGACAGGAUGCGGGGGCACAGGAAGAGGGCGCAGAGCCCCGACGAUUUCUCUUCUUCUUCAUAGGGGAUCGUUUCGCCUCAUCGACGUCGAACGUGACGACGGGCAGCGAGCACGCCGAGAACGACGACGACGACGAACACGACGACGUCAACUAGGUGCACCCCUGAAACGAGCACUGCCGUUUGUUCUCCAAAAUGGCGGAGGAGAAGGAGAAGCAGACGUUCCUGCAGAAGCUGCUGUUCUACACGACCGCGUUCUUCAUCCUCCUCAGCACCUUCAGCCUCUUUGCCUUCCUCUUCUUGGUCCCCUUCGUCAUCGACCCCGCCUUCACCACCAUCUUCAUGCAGUUCGACACUCGGCCAGCCGAGUGUGUCACCAUCGACGUUGAGUCCAGGAGAGGUACGAGCAACUGCUCAUGGACAUCCUGUAGAGAGGGUUGCACCAAAGAGCUGUACGAUUGCACGCAAAUACGUGUUAACUACAAGCUACCGACUAAUACGUCCGAGGAUAGCGAUGGACAGGGUGAGGGAGGCGGGGCGGUAGGAGGUGUCGAGGACGACGAAGACAGCACGAUGAUGGGAAAACCGCGUUACGAACGCUCCCUGAGGGAGUACGAUUAUAUCGAGGACCUUGACGACGACUUCGCCGAAGACGACGAAGCAGGACUGCCGAAACCCUUUCCUACAGGGCUCAUGGGCAACGACUCCGAGUGGUACUUCACCGGGGCCAAGCUGUUCCCCAACGUAAAAGGCUGUGGAUACCCUCCAAUGCUGAAUUGCAGUAUUUUCUACCGGCAGUACGCCAACAUAGGGCAGAACUUUAGCUGUUACUACUCGAAAGUGGAUCCCGGGAUAGUCAUCAGCGAACUCGACAUGUGGCAGGUUUACAUGAAUUUGGUGUACGCGAUGGCGAUUCCGAUACCGUCUUUCAUAAUCUCGGUGAUAUACCUCACCAUCGCCUACUUCAAGAUCUACAACGAAGAGGAGGUGGUCCUCGUGGGCGGCGAGGAGGGCGAGGACGGCGGAGAGGGUGAAGGAAGUAACGCGACACCUUUACCACUGACGAGCGGCGCCCUUACGCCCGGUAGCGAGGCUUUCAGGGAAGACCUAGCAAGCUUCGGGCAUCAGCUGAAAGUCGCCAUGGCCGACGACAUCAGCAGAGAAAGCCUGGAUGAGAUACCUAACACAUACUACACUCAUGGAAACUUGAGCAAGACGAUGACGACGAGUAUCUCAACUCCCCCUGGGCCGACGGCAGCAGUCUGAAGCGACACUUUCAAGGUCUGAACAACAUCUCCUGGAAACCGCACUAAGCGGGAACCCAAGAAUGGGACCUAGAAGAAACGAGAGAAAAAGCGAAAGAAAAAGAAUUUUUUCUUCUACGUAGCUUGUUCAAGUUACCGACCGCAAAUAUAGCCAAUAUUCUCUCACCGACUAUCAAAGAUGAAGAACGAAAAUUUUAUGAAAUAUGUAAUAGAGAAAAAAGACCGCAAUGGCGACCGUAUCUUCAGGUAUUUCCACGGAUUGAACCAGUGGUGUACGAUGCUCAACGUAAGAGUUUUCGAAAGGAACGGGCGUUCAAUUGCGUCCAAUUAAAUACAAAAUAAAAAAAUAAAAGAAAGAAAAUAAAAAUAGGAUAUUCGUCGGCGUUCUCUCCUCAAAGCGAAGAAACGGAAAAAAAAGAAUGUAAUUGAUAUAGGGUUUGAUCCAGAGUGUCGUUCAAGAUGAAAGACAAAGGAAAGAUAGAAAGAGAGUGUUUUAAUAAUAUGCCACAACGCUAUCGCAUGAUACUGUCCCACACUGUGUACGCGCUAAUUAUUAUCCAAUAGAGAUAUAACGAUAUUUUGUGACAGACUUUUUUCUACUCGACAACCGCCCGGCAUCACGAGAAACGCAUGCAAAGAACGUGACCUCUCGGUUCUUGCUGAUCGAUUAAUCCGUUGGUGGCUCGCGUUUUUAGCCCGGCACCGAGGUCGAACGAUCGGCUGCUUGGCGAGGAUCCAGCGAGGAAACAUUACAUUCGGAUUCGUUGCCGAUAUUCCGAGCAUCUCUGGGGUCUCGUCGUAUCGUAAAGGGUACUUCCGAAACAUUAUAGAAGAACUUCCAGGAUAAAUUCCCGGCACUACUCGAUCGCCAUUGAGGGAAGAUCGAUGCAAAUGAACCAUCGACUUGGAAACCAUUCCAUAUCUAAACUGUAUAAUCCCUCUUCCUGACGAUUUAACAAGUUUCCGAAUUUGCUCAUAGCGAUGCUCGAGGAACGUUGUACAAACGUAGAAAUUGUAUAAAUUCUCAAUGAUUGUGCUUUGGGGAAACGCGAUUCGUAGCACAAUAUCAAAGAGAAUUGCGAAAUGGAUCGAUUUUGGAGAUCAUUAUAUAUAAUAUAUAUAUCGUGUCGAGUACAGGAAUUAUUUGUCGUUGAGCUUCUUCGGGAACACUCUGUACGGUAUCGACGCCCUAUAAUCGCAGUCAGGCGAUUUUUUCUUCGUGUAUGCAAUUCACGUAACUAUUCUCACGGAAGCCUGCGAAUGUAAGACAAAUAAGGCGAAUCGUUUCCUGCGGGUUGAACGUACCAUACGAUUCGAUCACCGACAGAAUAAAUUAUAUGUAAUAAACAGUCACGCGAUUCACUCCUCCUCAUCGUGAUACUAAGUCGAGCGAAAGCAUUCCUGCCCAUUUCUUCGAUAGCACGCGCCUGGUGAAAAAAACACACAUACACAUACACACACUUGAUCCUUUUUGCACAACUCUGGCUGACUCUAAUUUACUUGACCAAGGAAAUGUAAAAAAUGAGAAAAAAAGGAAAAUGUAAUCCCUGUCGUGAUAAUCGGCAAACGCUAAAGAGGAGAGAAACCGAGCUUGCGCGAAACGGUCGCGUUUACUCAAGUGGACUAGAAGCUUAAAACGAGUAAAUUAAUGAAUUAAGAGUACCGUUACCAAGUUAACAAGUAUUACUAAGUUAAUCUGCUUGCUGUGUGAUCAUGACGCGCAUCCGAGAAACGCCACUUCACGUGCAUCGUAGACGAAUCGUGAACCACACAUGUAUCGAUAUACUGUAUCUUUCACGUACACAGAACAUACAUACACAUACACUUACAUGUACACGUCCGUUUUACCGUGAACCGUAAAUACACGCUUCUGUCUGAGAAUAUUCGACGCGAUUCACCGAGACGUAAAACGGCGAACUUCAAAUUACGCUUUAGGGGUGUGCCCUUCCUCCAUUGAUUACUCGAUUUCUGCGUUUGUUUUCUUUCGGCAAAAGUAAGAUAAAGGUCGCUCGGAUAUGAUAGAAACGACGAGUAGAACAUUGUGAUCGAAAAUUUGGUGAUUGAUGGAAAUCGUGUGAGAAGGCUGAUUCGUAUCUACUGUGGAUUUGUCUGACUAGUCUCGGGUGAUACUACUGAGCCCCUUCUAACUCUGCUGGCGUAUUGAAUCAGUAGGUUGCUAUAAGUAUAUUACUAUAAGACUUGAUAUAAUUUUCGCAAAAUUAUAAACAAUUAUUAUUGUAUUACGUUAAAACAUAUGAAAUGUCCGAUUUUGAACGGUUGGCUGAAUCGUAAAAGAAUGUAUUAAUAUACGUAAAUGUUAGAAAAAUAAUAUUAUAUAUGAUAGAGAAAAUUCUCAGCUUUAAGAUGACAUAUAGGAAUAAGAAUAUUUGUUGAAAAGAAAUUUUAAAAAAUUGAUGCAACAAAAAUGGACAUUUCAUAUAUUACAAAUUAUUAUUAACAAACGAUCAUUUUUUCAAUAAUACAACAAUAUAAAAGGAUUUAUGUAACAAAUUAUUGUAUGUCAAAGCGGUUAGUGAGAGCUAUGAAAAUACUGUCUGUAAGAGAUACUGCCACAAUGAACCUAAAUGUUUCCUUCGAAAUACGUUCAUACUGCAACAUAUUGACAAAUAAGAUCCGAUGAAGUGUCGGCGUUCAAAUCGACGUUGUUUGUAUGCUGAACGCUCAGUGAAAAGGUAUCGAACGAUACUUUAUCAAACCAAUAUCAGUUCUUUAUCAGUAGAUCGACACACAGCACGAAUCAGCCCUAUCUGAAGCAUAUUGUAUGGCAUCACGAUACAGUUUCGUGUCGCGAAAGAAUGUAAUUUUUCAAAGGUGGAUCGGGUGACGUUUAUCAGUAGGAAGGAACGGAAAGUUCAUUGUUCCCGCUUUGUAUCUCUGGUUGAAUAACGAGUAGCACACAGUCAAAUGUUGCACGCGACAUUUUUUAAAAUUAUAGAUUUCGAACCGCUAUCGUAGCGGGCUCAAAGAAAACUCACCCCCGCGAUUACGUAAAGGGACACAGGGUGCCACUUGCGCAGAGGGUGAAACAAGUAACGAUGGUUUUUUCGCGGCAUCGUUGCUGCGCGUAAAUCGAUACGAGUGGCGCAGGACAGGCGAACCUUCGCCCCUGAGAUCGAUGGCAAAAAUUCAUGCUGAACAAAUUUUAGCAACACCCAAAUUCGAGUUAUUUAAUGAAUUUCUGCUGUAAUAUUCUUUAAAGUUCAUAUUCUUCUUUUUGGACAGGUAAUAUCAUGAUAUUCGGAUUAACUUGAUCCGUUUCGUGUCAUUACUGUCCUUUAACACUGAAAUUCAAAGAUAAUUGAAAAGAUUUCUGAAAAAGGAGCUUACAAAAUAAGAUAGUAAUUAAAUAUUUGGUGCUUGCGUAAAUUGUAUCGGAAAUUUUAGUUUCAUUAUUAUUAUAUUACCUAGGUUUGAAUUCACAAUUAUAAUGGAUCUUAAAGGAGAUCGUUCUUUCGAUAUUUGUGAUAUUUUAUGAUCAUUCCACUAUUUGAGUAAAAAAUAUGUUCGACACCUAUAUAUUUACCAUAGACUCUUACCUACAAGUUCUAUUCUUAGAAAGCUCCUGCAUUAUCAGUUUUAUUAGAAUUCAUGAGCGAAUUUAGAAUAAUAUUGAACAACAUUAAUAUCCACUUUGUACAAAGUACUAGUUAUAAUGUAAACAUAGCAUUUUAUAAAGAAUGAAUCUUGAACACAUUGUGUAAUUAACUCAGAGAUCUAUGUUUAACGAAUGUAAAUUAAUAGUAUUUUCCAUUGCUCGGUUCUGGAAUUAUUGUUGAGCAGAGUAUCGAUCAAAUAGUCGCACCCUGGGUACCACGCAACUUGAACCUAAUCUUCUACGUUCGAAGACCUGAAACAACGCCAAUUUCAGCGAUUGAAUUACAAAAAAGAAAAUGGAAGCAUAGUAAAAAACAACUAAGAUUUCAUAUAGACUAUUUUCCUUUCCGCUGAAGAACGCGAAAAGUGAUUACUAUGGUGCUUGAUUCGAGAAACAGUUAAAAUAUCUGUAUUAAAAGAUAAUUUUAAUAUAUUUAACACAGCAUCGAAUUAUAUAAGAUGAUCUCACGUAUGAUUCUCAUUCGACGUGAUCUUUCAUCAUUUUACAAGUUUGCGACCUGUUCCAUACGUAAAAACGCCAUACACACACGCACACACACAGACACACCUUUUCAACGAACAUGUAUACACACGUGUACACACGUAUACGAACACACAUAUGACUAACACGAAUAUACAUUGGUAACCUAUGGAAAGAAAUAAUAAUUGAAUUGUUUUUAUGGAUUAAGAACAAGUUGUCUGUGAUCUACAAUAAUUAAAAGAAUAUUUAAUAAGUAUUAACAUGGUAAAUGCAUAAUUGACAUGUCGAUAAUGUCGAACGAAUCGGUUUAGGGAAUAAUAACUAAUAAUAGAGCAAACAAAAGAAAGAGGAAGGAGAACAAGGAAGCGGAAGUAAAAGCAGUCAGAUAUCGGAAUGAUCUCAAUGUUAAUGGAUAGAGCAAUAUGAUAGAAGAGAUGGCGGGCAAAAAAUAAUAACGAUAACGUUUGUCGCAUUAACGACAUCACCGCAAAGGAAUUCUAGAGAGAAGAGAGGUAUAUUAUAUAAAUGCAUAUAUAAACAUUAAAAUAAUAAAGAAAGAAAAAAAAUAGAGAUUUAAAAAUGGAACACGCCACGUCUAAAUACUAUGUAAUCGCUGUUGUUAAUCAGUAAUAAUUCGCGAUGUAAAGAGAAGAGAAGAAAAAUACCAAUUUAUGCGUGCUGCGUUCGAAGUACCGAUUAAAAUACCAAAAAAAUUAUAUAAAUAAAUAUAUAUAUAUGGCACUUGACCGUCGCGGCUAAAAAAAAGUACAUAGGAUAGAUAGAUUUAUAGAAGCGCAAAAAAACACCAAAAAUCGUUCCUUCCACCCGCUCCGGCCGUGUAUUUGAUUAUCGAUUUUAAAUAUAUCGCAUCUCAUGUAAAAGUCAAAGAAUGGCUCUGCGAACUUGUAAACGCACCUCAGAAUGCAAUUAGUAUGUCGUUUUACUAAUAAGACAGGGAGGAAUAGAGUUGUUAAACUGAAUGAAAACAAGAGAUUAAAAGGGGAGAGGAAUGGAAAUUACAGAGGAGAGAAAAGAACGAAGAUAAAGAGAAUGCUAUAUUAAUGCCACAAUCACCGAGUAAUAAGUUGUUCAACGAGCGUUGCGAAAGAUGUUCGAGAUAAUUUUUGUACAGUUUUGGCACACACGAGAACGUGCAACAUCGUCGUCUUUAUAUUUAUGUACAACAUUCAAUUAUUAUAAAUUUUCGAUAUUAUUACAAACUAUGAUCGAUUUCGUGUGAAAGUGUAUAUGGCUUUUUCUGCGGUUAACAAUAAAAUGUUGUCAAAGCUUUUUCACGAGAUAUAUAUACAUACAUAUUUCACUCAGAA